AUGUUCCGAAUCCUCGAAUCACAGGCGCCGGCCAAACAAACGGCAACGGACACAAUCAACACUCUGAGCAGUAGACUCCAAAGUGCGACUUUACUGGAGGAUCGACGCGCGGCAAUACAGGGACUAAGGAGCUUCUCAAAGCUUUAUCCGGCCUCUGUCGCAUCUGGAGCGCUACGACCGUUGAUCAACAGCCUGAGAAAUGACCGAGAAGAUGUGGACACGAUCAAGGUGGUCUUGGAGACUUUGUUGAUGUUAUUCUCCCCAGAUGAGAGCAGUCCCGAAGCGUCUGAUGAGAUAGCCCUGUGGCUUGCGGAUGAGUUCACUCAGCGACAAGACAAUAUCACCGCACUCCUCGAUCUCCUCGAUACGCGGGACUUUUAUUCUCGUCUGUAUUCGCUGCAGUUGAUGUUUCAGAUCUCAAGUGCCCGGCCAGAAAGGACACAGGAAUGUAUACUAACCGCCCCGCUGGGUAUCCCCAGGCUUGUCGGUGCUCUGGGGGAUAGCAGGGAACCAAUUCGUAAUGAAGCACUACUUUUACUCAUUGCCUUGACACCUGCCUCGGAGGAAUUCCAGAAACUCGUUGCCUUCGAAAAUGCCUUUGACGUGAUAUUGUCCCUGAUCGAGAAUGAGGGUGGUUUGACGCAUGGAUUAGAGGUCGUGGAAGAUUGUCUAUCUUUGCUGGCCAAUCUCUUACGCCUCAAUAUAUCGAACCAGUCAUACUUCCGAGAGACCGGCUGCGUGAGAAGACUGGCAAAACUCCUAGCUGAUGUCAACAAAGACGAGGAUCCAACUGAGGACGUUCCGCAGUGGACGCAUGGUCAGCGCGAUAAGAAUAUCUGGGGCUUACUAGUUAUCAUCCAGCUGUUCCUCGUUAAGGGCGGGAUCAACACUCCCGCCAACCAGACGGCUUUAUGGAACAAUGGUGUGAUGGAGCAAAUAUUGAGCGCGGCCUUCGGCCAGAGGUUCAAUGUCAACGUGACAUCCAAGGCGUUGGCAACAUGCGCCGAUUUGAUCCGCGGAAACUCGUCCCUGCAGGAGAGAUUCGGGGAUAUUGAGGUCUUCUGGGGUCGACAGCCCAGUCAAGAUGGCGUUGUCAAUGGGGACAAAGUCGCGAACGGUGUUCAGCGCGUCAACGUCAUCGAAGCAUUGCUUAAAUUGAGUCUUGAACCAGCCCCAAUACAGGUACUUGAUGCCAGGCUGGCCGCAAGCGAGUGUAUCAAGGCAUUCUUUGCAAAUCAUCCGGGAAUUCGCGUCCACGUGUUGCGGAGAGCGAUUGAUGGACAUCUCAGCGGGCAGGAUCAAAUUCCGAAUAUCAUGACUGUUCUGCUCGUGCCGCCGGAUGCUCGAGGAAAUUCCGAUCCUUAUCAAGUGUGGAUUGCAUCUGUCUUAAUGUUCCACUUGCUGUUUGAUGAUGCCCAGGCAAAGGCGAUAGCCAUGCAAGUGACUGAGGGCGACGCUGAAAGCGGCGAAGAAGUAAUCACCUGCAUCCAAACAAUUCUGGGAAACCUAAUCACAGGAAUGAAAAGGGGCGAUGACGAGAGAAUCACGGUAGGCUAUUUGAUGUUGCUAUGCGGAUGGCUCUUCGAAGAGCCAGAUGCUGUCAAUGAUUUUCUUGGAGAGGGAAGCAGCGUUCAAAGCUUAUUGCAAGAAACUAAGCAUCGCGGUGUCUCCAAUGUAAUUGUGCCCGGCCUGACCACGAUUUUACUGGGAAUCAUCUACGAAUUUUCCACGAAGGACUCGCCUAUUCCUAGGGCUACGUUGCACAAGUUACUACUCGAGCAGCUAGGCAGAGAGCAGUAUAUUGACAAGAUCACUCGCUUCAGAGAAUCGCCCAUGGUCCGGGACUUCGAGGUCUUGCCACAGACGGUGGGAGGACAGUUUGACGCGGGACUACCUGAUAUUUUCUUUGACAGGACAUUUAUUGACUUCCUUAAAGAUAACUUCAGCCGGUUGAUUCGGGCAAUCGAUCGCGAACCUGGGCUUGAGAUAUCGGUCAUCACAAAUGGCAUUCAGCGAGGAGUUUCGCGAGAACUGGUAGAUUCGCUCAGGGCUGAGCUCGAAGAACGAAGCCAAGCUGUGCAGAAGCUCGAAUCUGACUUACUCAAUUUAGGAAACCAACUUGAGCAAGAGCAGCUCGAACAUAGGAAAUUCAAGGACCUGAGCAGCUCAGAGGCUUCCAAAAUACGGCAGAUUAAUGAAUCGUUGCAACGAAAUCAUGAACAGGAGUUGGCGAGAUUGGAAGAACAACACAAACAUGCCAAGAACGAAUUGCUGAAACAGCAUGGUGAUCAACUUCGAGCUAUCGACAACCAGCUCAAGGAAACCUCCGCCGAAUACGAGAGGAGAAGCCAGAAAGUCAAGAAGUUGCACGAUGCGGAAGUCGCUGAUCUUCAAAAGAAAAUCCAAUCGCUAGAAUUGGAGCUUACCCGCGUCAGGGAACAAAGUGCAGACGAAAUUGGCAGCUUACAAUCGACGAUUCAAACGAUGAGAUCAGAAGCAGACCAAAGCAAAGGACAGCAUUGGGCCCAGGUAGCGGAACUUGAAAGCACAAUCCAAAGUCUGCGCUCAGAACUAGACGAAAACAAGGCGAAGCAUGCCGACCAGAUCUCUAAUCUCAGCGACACGAUUCAGAGGCUACAGUCUGAACUUGACAAAGCCAAAGAAGGACACGAGGCUGAGCUUGCUGACCUUAGAGCGAAGGCUCAGACUGUGCAGUCCGAACUUGACACAGCCAAACAAGAACAUGAAACUGAAAUCAGUGGCCUUAGACUCAAGGCUCAGUCGUUACAGUCAGAACUCGACUCUGGUACGGAAAAGUCCAAGGAAGAUCUCCAGGCUGUUCACGACGACUACUCAUCUAAGCUGUCAGAGCUGGAAAAGCGGGUCAAGCUGGCUGAGAGCAAGGCAGAAAAAGCUGAAGCAGAUGCGCUCAGGUCUGCUGAGACACUCAAGGAGGUCCAGGCACAACUUGGAAAGACCAAAGCUGAAGUUGACGAGAAGGAGGAAGCUCGCAAAGCCGCGCAGACCGAACUCGAAGAUCUCCUGAUAGUGUUUGGGGAUUUGGAAGCGAAGAGAAAUCUAGAUAAGAAACGCCUUAGAGACCUUGGACAAGAGGUGUCUGAGGCUGAAGACGACGAAGACGAGGACGAUGCUGAGGAGGAAGAAUGA